AUGCCUCCAACUCCAGCUGAAAUACCUGGUUAUUAUUUUGAUACCACUAGAGGAAGAUAUUUUAAAGUAACGAAUGGGGCAAUACCGACAACUAAUUCAACAACACCAACAGAAACAACAAAUUUAACAAAGUAUCAUAACAACUCAAUACAAGCUGAAAAAAGAAAUCAAGAUUUUGAGCAAGAAGAAUUAGAAGAAUUAAGGCUAGAGAAUAAAGUGAAGAACAAAAAUAAAAAACAACAUUCUCAAGAUAUAUACAAGAAUCCAAAAGUACCCAAGCCUAAUAAGAAGAAAUUUGAUUUCAAUGACAGAAAUCAGAAAUUUACAUUUGAUAAUCUAAGUUUACUAAAUUUAAAAACUGGACAAAUAAAUUCUAUUGGUUCAUAUUUAAAUGAUAAUGUUAUGAAUAGAGCUAAAUUUAUUAGUCCUAAAAGAUGUGUAGAUGAAAAUAAAAUUAUACUACCACAAUGUCAUAUUUAUGGUUAUGAAGACUCAGAGUUUGUAAUACUUCGAUUAGGACCACUUGCUUACGAUUUUGAUGAACUCGAAUCAUUUAAUGUUAUAAAUGGAAAUAUAGGUGCAGAAGUCUUUGACACCAAGAGAGAAAGAAUUUAUACUCAAAAACAACAUUGGUAUUGCAAAACUGUUACUGGUAUAAACGAAAUGACAACCAGAGCAGAUUUUUAUCCAAUAUUUGGAUCUGGUAUAAGUAACAAUGACUCCGAUUUUAGAAUUAUUUGUAGUUUUAAUCCUCAGGUUCUCCAAUUAUUAUCAGUUUUAAGGACUUCAAAUUUUGAUUCAGUAUCUAUUAUAAGGUUCAACGUUUUUAAUAGACAUACCAAUGAUUUUACUGACUUAACAUUUCCAUUAAUUAAGUUUUUAAAAUUCAACUUUAAGAAAUUGCACAAACGAGGUAAAUCUUUAGAACAUGCAUUAGGUCUACAUUAUGUUGAAUUUACAAAUUACCAAAAAAAAAGUAUUGAUGAAAUUAAUAAAUUGUUAACUUCCAAAAAUGUCAAUCACAGAAAGAGGACUAAUGAGUUAAAUGACUUUUUAUCAUACCAUGAUGGUAUAAGACCUGAAUUUAUAUAUUCUAAACCUAAAGGUAAAAAGGUUGAUAUUGAAAACUCACUAGAAAUUGGUAAAAUAUUUGACAAUAAAUUUUUCUUGGUGUUCAGCGCUGGAGAAAUCAUAAGUUGGGAUUUUGACUACAAAACUAAAAAAUUCACAAAUUUUAGAUUAUAUACAACAUCAUUGAAAAUACCAGUUGGAUCAUCAAUUGAAGUUUUAGGAUCAACUUUAUAUAUCAACACUAAUUCUCAAGUUAUUACGUUAGAUUACGAAAAUUCCAAAAUUCAAACUUACAAAUUUGGAUUUAUUAGAAAGAUGUUUAUUUUGAACUCUAAGAAAUGGAUAAUUGUGGAUAAAAAAUCUAUACAAAUAUUUUACCCAGCUACUAAAAAAUCAAUUAAAAUUUUAAGUUAUAAUAAUGGCAAUGAUGUAAAUCAACAAUUUGAAAUUAUAAAUGAUAAGAAAAGGGAUAAGAUAUAUCUAAUUUUUAAUGUUGCAGGUAAAACAACCGAUGAAAAUGGUAAAAAUUACAAAUUUUUAGAUUUAAACUCAUUUGAUGAUGCUGGUAAUUAUAAUGGACAUAAUAAAUCAGAAAUUAUUGAUUUAAAAAUUGAUUUUCAAUUCUUAAAAUAUGGAUAUUUUAAAGAUUUUAUUUUAAGUAAGAUUAUUGAUUUGGGUGAAAAAGAUGGUAGAUUACAUAUUGGAUUUCAUCAUGAAGAUAAGAAAGCUAAAAACACAAUAUUUGAAUCAUUUUUAAUAUAA